AACUGAAAAUCCCCCUCCUGUUUCUUUCUCCCGUUCAGUUCUGUGUCUCACUCUCGCCUUUCUUUCCCGGCUGCGACUACUGGGCGAGAGGCGCUGCCGGCCGCCGUUCGCCAUGUCUCCCUCGGGCCCUUCACAGGCGAAGAACACCCACCAGCAGCAGCGAACCGCGGCGAUGGAUGCUUGUGCUGGAUGGUGAGUUCUUGAUACGUGCCGGCAGUGAUGGAGGGAGAACGGACCGAAGGUGAUGAGCUGAUUGACGAUUAUGUCGAUUGCCUCAUGUCUCUGGAUACCAACGCUCGGCCCGGCCCGAGCGAUGGCCUCAUUCUCGGUGCCCCUGUUGUGGAAGGGGCGGUUGGAGGCGGAAUGGAGCCGGAUGCCAUGAGAGAUUUUGCUUCAGCUGAGGACCCCAAGGAGCCUGUGCUCGGGAUGACAUUCGAGUCUGAUGAGGCUGCAAAGGCGUUCUACAAUGAGUACGCAAGGCGGCUUGGUUUCCCCUUCCGUGUCGGCAGGUCUCGGCGCUCCAAGGGUACAGAGGAGGUAGUCGUCAUGAAGAGGUUUGUUUGCUCCAGGGAAGGGAUGUACAAGAAGAAACACAAGUCACCGGAUGAGGCUACAAGGAAGCGUGAGAGGAUGUCGAUGCGGGAAGGUUGCAAUGCUAUGAUGGAGGUGGUUAGGGAGUCGGAUCAUUGGGUUGUCUCCAAGCUUGAGAAGGCUCACAAUCAUGACCUGGGCACUUGUAGUACCAACGUUGGUUAUCUUCGUGCUAGAGGUCUGCUUGGUAGCUCUGAUAAGGUCACUAUGGUGGGGCCUGACGAGAUGGCAUUUCUCAGGCAGAAUGUUCUUGGGGAAGGAGGAGAUGCUCAGGGCCUUAUUGAUUAUCUCAAGAAGACACAAGCCAAUGACCCCGCUUUCUCGCAUGCCAUACAGGUUGACAAGAAUGGCUGCGUGGUGAAUGUUUUCUGGGCUGAUUCUAGGGCUAAAGCAGCUUAUCGGCAUUUUGGGGAUGCUGUCACUUUCGACACUUCGUACAAGAAGAACAAGUAUAUGAUGCCCUUUGUUACUUUCUCAGGAGUCAACCAUCAUCUGCAGCCUGUUAUUUUUGGAUGUGCAUUGCUUAUGGAGGAGACUGAGUUCUCGUUUGUUUGGCUAUUUGAAACAUGGCUAGCAGCAAUGGGAGGGAAGGCGCCGUGUUCAUUAGUCACUGACCAAAACAGGGCCAUGAAGGCUGCAAUUGGGAAGGUUUUUCCAAAUUCAUAUCACCGUUUCUGUAAGUGGAAUAUUUUGAGUAGGACCAAACAAAAGCUGACCCAUGUAUACACAGAGCAUCCAACCCUAAGAGAUGAGCUUGAAAGCUGUAUUCUUGAGUCUGAAACUAUUGCCACAUUUGAAACAGCUUGGAUGUCAAUCAUUGAUAAAUAUGACUUGAGAAAGAAUUCAUGGCUUCAAGCAAUCUACAACAUCCGCCAAAAGUGGGUUCCUUUGUACUUGAUGGAUACAUUCUUUGCAGAAGUUUCCCCAGCAUGGAAAUUGGAAACCAUGAAUGAUUUCUACAAGAAAUAUUUUAAUACAAAAACAACACUGGAAGUUUUUCUGAAUCAGUUCAACUUGAGCAUGGCAAGCCAAUACGAUGAUGAAGCAAAAGCUGAUAUGGACACCUACGUAAAUAAGGCAACUACAAAAACUGCAUCCCUAAUAGAAAAACAGGCGGCAAGCACUUAUACCAAAGCAGUCUUCAGUAAAUUUCAGGAGGAAUUCACAGAGUCUCUGGGGUUUGUCAUUCAGAAAAUUGAAGAUGGUUCUAUAAGCAAAUACAGCAUCACAAAAGAUGAAGAUCCAUCCGAAACAUUCUAUGUGACUUAUAGUGCUUCGAAUAAGAUGGCAAACUGUAGUUGCAAAUACUUUGAGUUCUCAGGUAUUUUGUGCCGUCAUAUUCUUGGAGUAUACAUAAUAGUCGAUCCGCGUACACUACCUCCUGAUUACUUUUUGAAAAGAUGGACAAGGAAAGCCAGAGAUGAUAAUGCUGUGUUAGAAGAAAACAACAAUUAUCAUGAUGAGGAUCCUUCUCAGUCCAUUACUAGCCGUUACAAUGUCCUAUGUGUUGAUGCCAUUAAAUGUGCUGAGAAAGGAGCUGGAUCAGAAGCAGUCUACAAAGCAGCAAAAGAUAUCUUACAGAAGGCGUAUGAAGAGAUUAUUGCUUAUGAAAGAAAUCCUGGUCGGGGUUCCCAAAGGGACGACAUAAACAUCAAUGAGGAUGUCACAAUAGAUGACACGAUGAAUGAUCAAUCUAUGCCAGAUUCUGGACGGAAGGUGACUAAUCUACUAGGCCAGUUUCUUGAUUCCUCUUGGUCUCCAGUCUGAUAUUUUUCUUGUCAUAUCUUUGGAGAUGAAAAAAAAUGCAAUUUAGCAGCAUUAUUAGCUGUCAUCAUUGGCAUGCAAUUUUCUUUUUUGAAUUGGCUAGUGGAAAACAGCAUGUGGACUUUUCAACUUGAUAUGAAUUUCCUUGAGAAGAAUGUCCUCCACUUGACUGUUGGGAAACAGGACAAUUUUGUUUGAAGAUGCCAGAUGAUUUCUGAACAUGCUGAAGUCUUUGUUGCUUCAAUAGAAGCUCUGUAUGGUUCUGCCUGUAUGUCUGAAGCUACUGAAGGGAUGAUGCAGCGUUAGCUGUUAGCAUUUUGGAGAAUCUGGCAAAAGUUCCACGCAUUGACUUGAUAAUAAUGUGCCUUUCAUCCAUGCACAAAUCUGAACUGAGGAAGAUAUGGGAUCAAGUACUCCUUGCUGGAAAAGCAUCAGCUGAUCAGGUGGAAGCUCUCAGGCAGCUGCGAAGCAAAUAUAUUCAGGGAGGAUGUCAGGAUAACGCGUUCAGUUCAAGCUAAUGAGACGAUGUAAAGACGAAACGUUAGAAACCUUCUGUACCCUUCUCUGGGGUGUCUGUCAAAUGUUAGCAUGUGUGCCCACUUCCUGGUUGCACUGAAUGGUUGAAGCAUGUGUUUUGUGGAAUCCUGCUACUGGGAUGAAAUGUUCAUGUUGCUUCUGACAUCUCACGUUCACGUACUAUCUGAUUAUACUACGUACUCGCGUUGCUAUAAAUACUUUACUAAUUAUUA